UCCUACCCCAAAACCUUUAGGUCCCACGCAUACCAUAGAAAAGAAGCAGGGCUCGUCUCGUGUAAUUUUAUUUUACUCUUUACAGUGACUGGGUUUCUAUUCUUAAAGGAUUUUUUUAACGAAGGACUUGAUCAUUCACUCGUUUUGAUGCACAUAUUACUUCAACUGGAAGAUAUUCUGAUCCCUAAAAACUGAUCACUAUAGUUUGUUUAUUAUUAAUUUUAUUCCCCUCCUUCUUAUUUUUGUAUUUACCUGCUUCCUAAGGCUUAGCUUCUUGCUUCUCUUUUUCGGUCGUACAUAAAUAAGUUUGAUCGGGUUCUCUGCUGACCCUGGUUUUUACUUGUCUUUUCUUUCCCGUAAUAGAUUUGUGAAACACAUUCGAUACCUCCUUAAAGAGCUGUUUUCAGUCUUACAGAAUACCCGCACUUCUUUACUGGAAUCGUAUUCAAGUAACUGAAACUUUUCUAUCGCGUGUAUAAAGAAAAACAAAGCAAAAUUGGCUUUUAGUACUGUCUUCAAGCUUGACUCUCUCUGUCUGGUGAAAGGUUAUUUUCUAAAAAUUUCUUCUUUUGAAAGGAAUCUCUUCUAUCCUUUCCAUUCUUUUCGCUGUUUGUUUAUUCUUUUUAUUUUUGCAUCAUUUAGACAAUCUUUUGUCCAUCGUUUUUCGAAUAUUAUACCGACGAUUCACCAAUUGCCUUUUCCUAGUUUGAACGAUAUAACUCAUUUACAAAAUGAUUUAUCGAAUCGCAGCUAGGUAUCCCAUUCAAGUGAUCGCAGUAGUGUGCAUCCUUGUUUCAAUGGCAUAUUACUCUUUCCUUGAGACUCUAACACAAGAAGAUUUACCCGUCUUGCUUCGUGCAUUGAAGCGAUCUGGUAUAUUAGAUGGUGGUCUUGGUGUUUCCAGUCCUUCUGGAUUAAUUUUGAAGCUCUCAAAGGAUGAAUCUUCUAUCGGUAAUGCUCCUGUAUGGGAGCCUAUCCCAUCUGACCAUGCUCAAGACAAUCUUAACGUCGACUUUGACAUCACCCAAUGGUAUCACCAAACUUCAGCCAGUGUAAAUGUCGAGCAGCUUGCGGAACCCUACCUUCAUGAUUGUCUCUUGCUUGAUUCCUCGUCAGGUUCUUGUAAAAUAUUCUCAAAAGAAGUCGGUAACUGGACAGUUUCAAGUAUCGCCAUUCCUGCUAAUUUGGCCAAUCCUCCCAUUGACUACUUUUUGGAUGACUCCAGUACCGUCGUUCAAAGAAUCCUUCCUGCAAUCCGUGAACAUGGCAUUUCCUGGUCUUGGCUUUUAAAGCUAAUCGCCCGCACUUGGAUGAAUACCUUAAAAAUUACGAGCCAAGCUUCUAAAAUGGAACUUCUCAUCGUUGGUACCGCUUAUGCCUGUAUGUUCAUUUCUAUAAUCUCUGUUUAUCUAAAAAUGAGAAGGCUAGGCUCUAAGUUCUGGUUAUUUUUCAGUGUGUGCAUCUCUACUCUAUUCUCUGUUCAAUUUUCCCUAUCUUUAACACGUUUUUCUGGCGUUCGAAUCAGCCUUGUAUCCUUGAUCGAAAGCAUGCCUUUCUUACUAAACGUGGUUGCAUUGGAUAAGGCAGUAAACCUUACGAGAGUGGUUAUUUCUCGUUGUGCUUCUUCUGAUUCUCGUUCAGCCACACAUGAAGAUGUUGCUGAAGCUUGCCGUGAUGCUGCUCCUCCAAUUCUCCGUCAUUUUUCCUUUGGAAUUGUGGUUUUAGCUAUUUUCUCGUAUUGCAACUUUGGUUUAAAACAGUUCUUUUUAUUUGCCGCCGUCAUGGUUUAUGAUUUGCUUCUACUUUUCACUUUUUUCGUCUCUAUCUUGACUCUCAAUUUAGAAAUGUGCAGGUACAAUGCCAACGAAAACGUGCGACGAGUCUUAAUGGAAGAAGGCUUGUCUGAGCCUGCCGCUCGUCUUGUUGCUGAAACCAAUCAAUUUGCUAAGACAAAUAAGAAGGAUACCUCUCGACCUCUUAGCUGGCUUUACGAACCUCGUUUCCUUUUAGUCAUAGCAUUUGUUGUUUUUAAUCUUUUCGAGCUUUGUUCUAUUCCUUUCAAGCAUUAUGCAGUGACUUCUGCUGCGGCCGCUAGACUGAUUCCUUUGGUUCGCUCGGAGUAUCCAGAAAUUAACCCCCAAGACCUUUUGGAUGACCAUGUCUUUGAUGAAAUUCUCUCUUAUUUGUUUGACUCUACCUAUAACAAGGACACUGUUUCUGUUAGAGUUUUGCCAGCCGUUUUUUAUGGCACUGAUUUAGCCCAAUCCUCUAUCUUCAAGGCAAUUCAUUCUUUUAUACAUAAUUGGACUAAGUCAAUUGGUGGAUCUUUUCUAUCAAAGUGGGUUAUUUUCGGCUUGUCUUUAAGCAUCGGUGCAAACAUUUUCCUUUUGAAUGCUGCCCGGCUAAAUUCUGUAAAAAACGUGGAUGAUAAAAAAGUUGUUGAGAAAGUUGUCGAGGUAGUGAAGUAUCUUCCUCCUUCUGAGAGUCCUUCUUCUGAAUCUACUACUGAAAAUAAUGUUAGCACAAUAACUCGUUCUUUGGAAGAAUGUAUUUCCAUAUAUAAUGAUGGAAAAGUUUUGAGUUUGAAUGAUGAAGAGGUGAUUCAGCUUGUCCUUGCUCGUAAAAUCCCCUUGUAUGCUCUAGAACGUGUUUUGAAGGACAUUGUUAGAGCAGUCGUCAUUCGCCGUGCCGCUGUUUCUCGCUUAUCAAGAACACAAACCCUAGAAAGCUCAAACUGUCCCGUUUAUCACUAUGACUAUUCAAGAGUACUCAACGCUUGCUGUGAAAAUGUAAUUGGCUAUAUACCUUUACCUCUUGGUGUCGCUGGACCACUAGUUAUUGACGGUAAGCCAUACUACAUUCCUAUGGCUACUACGGAAGGUGCUUUGGUUGCUUCAGCUAUGCGUGGUUGUAAAGCCAUUAAUGCUGGCGGUGGCGCUGUUACUGUUUUAACUCGUGAUGAAAUGUCUCGUGGUCCUUGUAUCGCUUUCCCUAAUUUAACGCGCGCAGGUCGUGCUAAGCUUUGGUUGGAUAGUCCUGAAGGAACAGAAGUUAUAACCAAGGCCUUCAACUCUACUAGUAGAUUUGCUCGUCUCAAGCAGAUAAAAACUGCUAUGGCUGGAACUCGCUUAUUUAUUCGGUUUUGCACUUCUACAGGUGAUGCUAUGGGUAUGAAUAUGAUAUCAAAGGGUGUUGAGCAUGCAUUGACUGUUAUGAGUUCUGAAGCUGGAUUCGAGGAUAUGAGUGUUAUCAGUGUAUCCGGAAACUAUUGCACUGAUAAGAAACCGGCCGCUAUAAAUUGGAUUGAUGGACGCGGAAAGAGUGUCAUUGCAGAAGCUAUUAUUCCCGGAGAGGCCGUGAAAUCCAUCCUAAAAACAAGCGUUGAAGAUUUAGUCAAGUUAAACGUUGACAAAAAUCUUAUAGGUAGUGCUAUGGCUGGAAGCGUCGGUGGCUUUAAUGCGCAUGCGGGAAAUAUUGUAACUGCUGUCUUUCUCGCAACGGGACAAGACCCUGCUCAAAACGUUGAGAGCAGCAAUUGCAUCACUCUUAUGGAUAAUGUUGACGGUAAUCUACAGCUUAGUGUUUCCAUGCCUUCCAUUGAGGUCGGAACCAUUGGUGGUGGUACCGUUUUAGAACCUCAACAAGCAAUGCUUGACCUACUAGGUGUCAAAGGAGCACAUUUGACAUCUCCUGGUGACAAUGCUCGUUUACUUGCAAAAAUUGUUGCUGCUGCCGUUAUGGCUGGUGAAUUAUCUUUAUGUUCUGCACUUGCAAGUGGCCACUUGGUAAAGUCUCACAUUGGCCUCAACCGCAGUGCAAUAAACACUCCAGCUGAUUCCAAAGCUUCUCAAUCCUCAAAUACAUCCAAACAGAAUGCUCCUCAUUUAAGUGUUCGUUAAAUAUCCCUCCUUAAAAUUGUCAUAUUAUAAUCAACUAUACGUUUGCGUCAAUACUGAUAUUAGUCACUAUCUCGACAUUAAUGACUCUAGGUUCUAUACCCUUAAAGAUAUUACAUUUAGUAAAAAAACAAAC